AUGAAUCAAGCGAAUGUCAAGAACACAACAUUCCACUCGAUGACUUCCGUUUCAUAUAAUUUAAGUCCAUAUUGCUCUACCGGUACAACAUUUAGAAAGCAACCAUUAUACAGGAUAUGGGAAACAGAAAGUAGCACAUCAGCCGACCUCUCACAAAAAUUAAAUUAUAUGUUUCCCAAAUUGGGUCUGUCUGAAUCACAAACCAGCUUAAAGGAUAAAGAUGUUACUAAAGAUGUAGUGUGCCAAGACAUACAUUGGUCUGUUGAUGCCACUUCUCUCUUUACUAUCAAUAGUGACUACGGGAUAAGACAAUACCUAAUACCGGAUCCCAAAAGUGACCAAACUCUGUUGAACCCAUAUAGUAGAAUAUUCGCUCACGAAUCUGUGUUAUCCUCAGACAUUUCACCCCGGUAUUCUUUGUAUGAAGGUAGUAGCGAGCCGCUUGCGAACAGUAUUCUUAUUGGGGCCAAGAAUGUUCCGAUUAAACUUGUUGAUCUUAAUGACACCAACAAUCUAAGUACUAUUCGUUCUUAUGAUAUCUCCAAUCUAGAAAAUGAGAAAUUCGAAACACCGUAUGUGUUGAAAUAUCAUCGUGAAUCCCUUUUUCUAUCAGGAACGGUACGCAAUAAAGUUAAUGUCUAUGAUGUUAACCGCCGCGAACCGGUAAACACACUCACGUAUUCAAGACGUUCGAAAUGUGGCACCCAGUCAUAUAAGUCUAUCAUCUCAUGUCUAGACGACAGUUUCUCAGAUAAUCAAGUUCGGUAUUGUGGAUCUUACAAGAAUCAGGUGUUCAUAAUUGAUCUACGAGGAAAGACACUGCAAUUACUAAAUAAUUUACAGGGCAAUGGAGCCAGAGGUUGUUACCAAAUAAUUAAUAGUGAUAAUGGUAGUUAUCUCUAUGUGCUUCAAAGGUAUAGUUCACGCAUUGAAAUAUUAGACCACAGAAGACCAGACAGACCAGUAAAUCACUUGGAGUUACCUGGUAGAUCAGAUUUCCAAAAAUUGAAAGCUUGCUAUAACGGAUCAUUUCAAGUGGGGUCCCCACUAGGCAAGGGCCAAAUACUGUCAUGGGACAAGUCUACUAUCGAAUCCGGAGGUAUAACAAGGGAAAACCAGGUUGUGCAGUGUCAACCUGACAUAUUAUACAAUGUACCACAAUGCAAAUCCAUGCGCAUCAACAUAAUCAAAACUAGUUCUGACGCUACUGCAAUAUCGUACUCUGGAGACACUGCGGGCAUCGCAUUACUCCAGAGGUAG